AUGUUUUCAAGACCUAUUCGUCAAGAAGAAGAAGAAGAACUACCAGAUGAAUUAGAUAUUUGCAUGACUCGAUGUCUUCAAGCUCGCCGUCGUCGUCAAGCACUUCAACGACGACUUGCUCAACGACCAACAACGCAACAACCAAUAUAUCAACCAUCGGUUUAUACUCAACAAUAUCAAGAUUUACCAGUUCAAUCAACAUUACCAUUAUCACAUCAUUUAUCACCAUAUAAUACACCAAUUCAAACAACACAAACAACUUUUCCAAUAGAAACAUCUCAACAACCUACAUUACAAUAUUCUAAUUUAGAUCAAUUAACAACAUUACCAAACCAGAUUCCGCAUCAAAUAUAUAAUUCAUAUAAACCAAUAUAUCAUUAUCAACCAAAGAAAUAUCAAUACAUAACUCCUAAUUACAAUUAUAUUAAUCAACAACCAAUUAUUUAUGAUCAAUACAAUAAAUCUCAAUAUAUUUAUAGUAAACCAUCGGAACAAAUUAUAUAUACUCAACCAGAUACUCAAUAUCAACCAAGUAUAUCUCAAUUGUAUGAUACUGAUAUUAACAAUCAACAGUUAUCUUAUUCUUCUAUACCAACUAAUACAUUUAACUAUAAACAACAAAAACCACAUUCUUAUAAAACAUAUCCAUUAAAUCAAUACGAUAUCACUUCAGAUUUAUCAAGUAUAAAUUAUUCAACUGAUCAAACAUUUAUUCCUAACAACUAUUCUACACCAAAAACAACUGAAACAUAUCAUCAAAACAUUUAUAAUUAUGAUCAUAUUAUUCCACAACAACCACCAUCAAUACAAUCAUAUCAAAUUAAUCAACAACCUACUAUUCAACCAUAUUUAUCUCCAUCUAUCACUCAACAUUUACAACAAGAACAAUACGAAUAUACUCCAACAGGUUUAACGACACAACCUUCCACUUCAAUAAUACCAUUAGAAUCUUUAACACAAAAAACAUUAAACAGUUGUCCUUGCAGUCAAGAUGAUUUGGAAAACGACGAUACAUUUGAUUUAUCUAAAUGUAUUGCUAAUUGUUAUGACAAAUUUAGAAAGUCAUGGAUAAAAAAACAACAAAAAAUUUAUAAAAAACAAUUUCAGGAUAUUCAACAACCCUAUCGACAACAUCAUAUUCAAGCAUUACAACCAUCUGUAUCAACAUCGAUUCCACCUAUUAUUCAAAAACAAAGACCAUCAUCAGUUCCUCCUGUUCUUCAACGACCAUCUAUAAAAACAACAAAUCAACAAAGAAAUAUUCAAGAAAUUCAACAGCCAAUAUGGACAUCUAUUCCACCUGCUGUUCAAAAACGAAGACCUUUAUCAGUUCCUCCUUUCGUUCAGCAACCAUUUAUUCAAACGACAAACCAACAAGCUGUUCCAACAUACAUUCCACCGGUUAUUGAACCAUCAAUAUCGUCAUAUAUUCCACCGGUUAUUGAACCAUCAAUAUCAUCAUAUAUUCCUCAAACUAUUCAACAACCAAUAUCAACAUCAAUUCCACCAAUUAUUCGAAAACCAAGACCAUCAUCAGUUCCUCCUAUUAUUCGAGAAAGUCAAAGACCCAUAUUAACAUCAAUCCAACCUAUAAUUGAAUCAAGUAAGCCAUUAACAGUGCCUACUGUUGUUCCACAAGUGUUUCAACAACCGAAUAGAAUUUUACCUGUCUGUGAUGUUUAUAAACCAGGAGGAAGACAAAAUGUUCAACAACCACUUUUGCCACCCUAUUAUUCAAGUAAACCAGAUGAUAAAGCAGUUUAUAAUCAAUUGAUACCUCAUCCUGUUCAAUGGCAACAUCCACAACAUCUGCCAGUAAUUCAAGAAAAGCCUGUUGAAACCCACAAAUAUGAACAAAUUUGCUAUCCUAAACUAGAGCAACCUCUUAAAAAAGCAUAUCACGCAAAUAUAGUACAACCAGUCAUUGAACAAAAACAAGCACAAAUACCGAUACAAAAAGCUAAAAUACCAACAAUUCCUUUAAUUAAUAGAAUUCAUCCAGGUCAAACAGUUCAACAUGUUCCUUAUUAUGAUGAUAAAACUAAUCUGUGUCGUGUACCUUGUCCGACAGUAACGAAAUAUGCUCAUUUACCAGCUCAUCUUCGACCAAAGUUACUCUGUGUUGAAUUACCACCAGCGAGUCCUCUUUCGCCACCAAUACUAUCACCACCACCUGCGCCAACAUCACGAGUGGUAUUACUACCACCGCCUCCACCACCAUCACGACCACUAUUACGACCACCACCGCCUCCCCAACCAACACGACUACUAGUACCACCACCACGGCCUCCGCAACCAGUACGAGUACAACUACCACCACCACCUCCUCCACAGUCAAUACGAGUACAAGUACCACCACCACCACCGCCUCCACAACCACCACGAGUAGUAGUACUACAACAACCACCACCGCCUCCACAGCCACCACGAGUAGUAGUACUACAACAACCACCACAGCCUCGACAGCCACCACGAGUAGUAGUACUACAACCACCAACGCGUCCGCAACAAGUACGAGUACAUCUACCAGAAAGAGUAUCGCAAGGAACACAGGAAAGACAAAAAGCGUAUGUUAACUGUGGUUGUAAACCAGGACAAUCAUUGAUUAAAAAAAUUGUUUAUAAACAAAUCGAAGAAGAAAAUGCAGAUGAAAAUGAGAAAUUUCUUGAUCAUUCUUCAAUUCUUGAUCAAUUUCAAACACGUAUAAGUGUUCGAUAUGGAAAUAGUAUCAUGGAAGACAGUGGAGAAACAUUUACUUGUGAUAAUUAUAAUGAAAAAUUGCGUGUUAUUGAUUUUCCUGUUUAUGUAUCUGGACAAACCGAUCAGCCUGACGACGAUUUAAUGGAUGAAUUUUAA